CCAAUACCAGGCUUGGAGAAGCAACUCCAAAUCUUCUUCUUCGGUCUCUUCUUUCUCUACAUUUCUAGUCUCUCCUUUUCAAUCUAAACUGAACCGAUAAUUUCGGCUUCAAAUCCAAGAAACAAAGAGGAAAAUGGUCGGAGCCUCCCACAGUACCGGCGGAAUCGCUGCCAAAUCUGACAAAACUGCGACUAUCAAGUUUCUUUGCAGUUAUGGAGGCAAGAUUCUUCCUCGUUAUCCUGAUGGAAAACUCCGUUAUAUUGGUGGUGAAACUCGUGUCCUUGCCGUCGAUCGUUCCAUUCCUUUCUCUGAACUGUUGUUGAAGCUGGGACAAUUGUGUGGAACGUGUGUGAGUCUUCGUUGUCAAUUGCCUUCUGAGGAUCUGGAUGCUUUGGUAUCAAUAACCUCCGAUGAGGACCUAGCGAAUCUCAUCGAAGAAUACGAUCGAGCAGCCUCGCCGCCGUCUUUUUUGAAGAUCAGAGCGUUCCUUUCACUGCCUAAAUCCGUGAAAAAAAAUCCUCUCUCUAGUUCGUCGGCCUCUUCAUCAUCGUCGUCCUCAAAACCUUCAUCUCCAAUAACUGCUAUAUCCUCUCCAAGGAUCUCAACGCAGGUUCCUGACUAUUGCGUCCAUCAGAUCCCAACGCCAGUGAGGUUUUCGUACCGCUGGAAGAAGUCUCAAUCAAAGGUUCCUCACUGCUCGUAUCAUCUUCAAGGGAACCCUAGCCACAUCUACCUCAUCCACAAUGGCAAUCACUGGCAAUAACACCAACUAGAUUGAGGGAAAUCAAAGCAAACAUAAAUUUAAGAUAAAACGAAAUAGAAAAAAGGAAAUUCCAAGCAACAAAAAGCCGUAGCUAUUGUGAUGGUGAGUUUCUUCGUCGAAAUAUCAGAAUCCAUUCCCAUCUUGCAUUACAGCUUCCAUUUCCAUUAGGUCCGUCCAUCACACGUUUUUCCUCUCCGCCAGUAAGAGUUUAGCAAAUUCCACUCAUGGAGUAUCCGUAGUUUUAGGUCUGAUUGUUGCAUUACAGCUUGUGCAUAACACGCAAUUUUUACUCUGGCA